GAAUCAGGUUCAGAAAUAUCCAGAGUUGCAGAGAUAAUAUAUAUGGAGAUGCAGGUACAGGAACACAUUAAUUUAAUUUCUUACUUAAAAUAAUGCAAGUUUCUCCCUAGUUGCAGUGAUCACAUGUCAGGGCUGUUGCAUUGUGAGAGUAGGGAGGGACUGGUCUUUAUUUAUAGUGGAAGUCUAUACUCGUUCAGAGAAGCCAUUACUGUAAAUAUAUCCCCAGUUCCCCAAAACUCAUCUUUCCCCUCUCCUUGCAUUAUCUUCUUUUCUCUUCUUCCUUCUCCUUGUAUUGUCUUACUGAGCCAGAGCUGAAUGGAGUGGAGCAUCAUUUUCAUAUCCAUUAUCCUGCUUGGAUUGGGUCAUCAGUCCAACAUUCUUGUCGAGUCUUUUACGCCUUCUGGAUGGAUCAAAGGCCAUGCCACCUUCUAUGGUGGAAGCGACGCCUCUGGAACCAUGGGGGGAGCUUGUGGGUAUGGGAACUUGUAUGAAACAGGAUAUGGGACUCGAACAGCAGCUCUAAGCACUGCUCUGUUCAACGGUGGAGCCUCAUGUGGGCAGUGCUAUAAGAUCAUAUGUGACUACAAGACAGACCCCAGAUGGUGUUUGAAAGGGGUGUCUGUGACUGUUACAGCAACCAACUUUUGUCCUCCAAAUUUCGCUCUUCCAAAUGAUAAUGGUGGGUGGUGCAACACGCCGCUUCAGCACUUCGACAUGGCUCAACCUGCCUGGGAGAAGAUCGGCAUAUACAGAGGGGGCAUAAUUCCAGUUCUGUUCCAAAGGGUUCCAUGCAAGAAACAUGGAGGAGUAAGGUUCACCAUUAAUGGAAGAGACUACUUUGAACUCGUCCUCAUAACCAAUGUGGCAGGUGCUGGAUCGAUUCAGGCUGUGUCAAUCAAGGGUUCAAGCACGGGCUGGACGGCGAUGUCAAGGAACUGGGGUGCUCACUGGCAAUCCAACCACUACCUCAAUGGCCAAUCUCUCUCCUUCCAGGUUACCACUACUGAUGGAGAGACCCGUCUAUUUCAGGAUAUUGUCCCAGCAAAUUGGGCCUUCGGUCAGACCUUCUCUAGCCCUGUGCAGUUCUAAGUUCGUUAAUGUUUUAUGGGUUUAGGGUUUAAGGUUUAGUUUGGCAGAGGCGUGCUUGUUAUUUUGAUAAAGCAGCCCGCCAUCUCUCAUCUGUGUUCCACUGAAAAGAAGUGAGAACGAUGGCAAUCUUCCCUUCCCUAGUCCCUACCCUACCCAUGUAAACCCCAAAGAUGAACUCAUCUCUGUCUCUUCAACCAGGUAUUAAAAAGCUUGACACCCAGAACCAGAAGUGAUCUCUCUUCAACAAGAUUUUGUUUUCUUCUUUAAUUUAUGUGGAUGUAAUGUAAUAUCAUAUAACCGAAAGUAAUAAAGAGAAAUGGUGUUCACUGGAACUA